AUGACUAGUCUCGAUUUAAUGCAUGGUUUGCUGGAUGAAGCACUGUCUCCCAUCCUAUCGCUAUCUGAUCUGACGCCGACAUCGUUGUCUUAUCAUCGUUCCACCAGCCAUGUUCCGUCCGACAAAGUCUCAACCAUUCACGCUGUUGUAACGCAGCGAAAGUCGCAACUUGCAGCCCUUGACGACCACAUUAACAUCCUCAACCAUACAUUGGACAAAUUACAAGGAAUCCAGGCUAGAUUGAAGGAGAAGCGAGUCAGUGUGCAAGAGUCGUUGACAUUCCACGAAGCGCUGGUAUCUCCAGCACGUUGCUUGCUACCAUCCGAGCUUCUUGGGGAGAUAUUUAUUCGGUGUCUUCCCCAGACAAGUUAUGUUACGCCUUCAUCGAACGAUUGCCCACUGGUCUUGACAAGGGUUUGUCGUCAGUGGCGAGCAGUUGCCCUAUCCACCCCUCGAUUAUGGACGUCCUUGAGUAUAUCCCUGCUUAAAGCAGAGAUAUCUGGUGGUGAUACAUACAAGUGCUGGCUAGAGAAAGCCAGGAGUGUCCCACUAUCCAUUCGUGUGGUUCAUGACGUGGGCCUCUCAGAUGGGGACAAGCCUCUUUCCAUACAAUGGCUUCAACCUUUCUUGAGCCAAUGUUCUGACCUUUGGUGGCAUGGUCCUCCUGUACAAGGUUUAUUGGACAACUCUGUUCAGUCCCUGUCGCGCUUUCAGGUCACCUUCCAGAAAGCGGACUUCCUGGUUUCCAUACCCAGCCCAACGCCACAACUUCGUUCCGUGGUCUUGCAAUCCCUCACUUCCGAUUUACACUCUUUGCGUUCCAUUGAUUUACCUUGGCACCAGCUUCUGGAACUGAAGAUACAGUUCGCACUGGUUAGCGGUGCUACUUUUCUGCAGGUCAUCGACCUCUGCACGCAAGUCCAACGGGUCAGCAUUUCCGCUAUAUGUGCGAAUCCAUCGUCGCGGACGGACAUGCAGCCCUUCCCUCUGAUAAACACGGUGAACCGCAGUAUCGAUCGACUUGAGAUCAAUGUUAUCCGCGCUGGCUUGGGUGACAUAUUCGAAGCCCUGACCUUACCAGCGUUGGAGGAGCUGGUCAUCCGCUUCUGCUCGCCGAGGAGAUAUCCGUGGCCACAUGAUCAAUUCUCGGCAUUUGUUACUCGCUCCAAAUGCCCACUCAAGUGGCUCACCAUACACCACAACAAGGGUGCCGGGUCACACUUCACAGAAUACCUUAAGAUGUUGCCAGGUUUGACGAUGGUAGCAUGA